AGGCUGCAGCGGCAGCAGGCGUCCCUCGGCAAGAGGGUGGAGGAGCUCAGCGGCCGAGGGGCGAAGGGCGGGGCCAAGGACGAGCGCACGGUGACCAUGGUGACCGACUCCACCGAUGCCCCCAGAGAGGACGAGCAAAGAGAAGAGCGUACCGCGACAGUGAGGCGCCAGGGUUCGGCCGUUGGUGACGACGACCGCGCGGGAGCUGAACGCGACGACCGCCGCGGGAAGAGGCGUGACGGCGGCGACGAGGCCGUGAGGCGCGAUCACUCGGACGAUCACCGCGCGAAAAGGUCCGCUCCCGACACCGGGCGAGGGGCCCGCCAGAACCGCCACCGCGAGGGCGACACGAAGUCCUCGGACACCAAGGGCUGAGCCCCGAAGCGGCCGCUCCGCCGCGAGUCUGCGUGGCCGGCCAAGUGCUGUCGCCUGGCAUGCCUGGCCUCUCCUGGGCCGGGGGAUCGCCAACUGCACGCCCUGGUCCCUCCCCGUUCGCAGCCUCUGCUGUCAAGCAGUGGCGAGGCGUCCUGGCUUGCCUAUAAUAUCGUGUGGUAGGCCUAUCGGACUGCUGGGGCGGUCGGUCCCCGCUCACCUGUUGAGCGCGCGGCGGCCCCGCUGGGCACCGCCCCCGCAGCGGGGCAGGAGCCGGUCGCGUCGCCGCGGGGCCCUGGGCCCGCCGGCCUGGCAGGGGCGGGGCCGGCGCCUCCUCGCACAGUUCUCGCCUCCUCUCGG